AUGUCAAACUUUGUCAUUCACGUAACUCGUGACUUGGCUUUGAAGAUUGCUCCGCCAAACACGCCUCCAAGUUCUCCAGGAUAUUCUCAAAGGACAGGUGCCGACUUGGAGUCAUUGCGGUCUCUUCUGCUAAGCAUAAGCCGCCCUGUGCCCUUCGAACAUACUGGCGAAUGUUUGAGGUCUGUCCAACGUCUUGAAUCGAAUAGAGAUUCGUUCACUGGACCUGAUGACGAAGAGACUACACUACGGAGAGCUAUUGUUGGACAUUUGACUGUAAAUAUCUACAGAGGUGCACUAGAUGCAUUUUUGAAGGAAGCAAGGCAAAUUGAAGACGAAAUAGAGUGGUGGAAUGAUGUCGAGUGCUCCAGUAGCAAUGUCAUCCACUAUUUCAUACAAACACUCCCAUUGCGCCUGGCGAGUUUAGGGGAUACUAUUCUGGCAAAGUUCCGGAGGCAUAACCUCCCUCUCCGCCCUUCCAUAUUCACUCCGUCUUCCCUGCGUCAAUUGUUUCCGUCCACGAGUGUCCUUCGCCCGAGUUCGCUUACGGUUGCUCUUUUCCCCUACCUGCGCUCUCAGCCAUAUAGUAUAGCUCUCUUGACAGGUCGAUUUCCAUCAGUCUCUGCGUUUGCUGAUUCGCCACGCCAGAGCGUCGUGUCCGCACUGCAUGCAGUUUACUUCACUUUUGUCAACCUUGCGCAUGGUCUUGUCAGGAUUGUGUCUUUGCCGCUGGAACUCACUAGAGGAGAAUGCAAUUACAAGCGAGAUCAACUGAAGAAAAUGCGCGAUGAGCGUGCGGAGACUCUUGGCCUAUUAGCUGAAAUGCGCGACUCGCUCGCUUCUACACUCGAAGACCUGUCAAACGAGGCGGGAAUGGAGAAGCUGAAGGUUUUUGCAUACUCGUUGUACCGUGUCAUUCAGGGAAAGCACCCUUUUCCCAUCGAUAACCUGGAGAAUUUGAGCACUGUCACAUUUUUGCAGUUCGUGGCGGAAGAACUACAUCCCUCAGAUAUAUCCAUGCGCACACCUGAAAUAGCGACGCGUAACCUCGCCCGUCCCUCCCGUUUUACCCUACUCUGGCCACGGCUCCUCUUGCUCCCGCCACUAAUGCUGUAUGCUCUGCGAUGUGUGUACGCAUCAAGGUGGUCGCUGCACGAAGUGGCCGUUGAGGCAUGGCAAACGGCACGAGGAUUUUGGGAAGGCUGGCUCCUAGAACCGCUCAGGGAAGUUGUGAAGACUGUUCGCACUGGGGGAGACGAUACGGUUAUCGUCAAUCAGCAGAGUUUACGGGCAGAUUUGGAUUCCCUCGAAAGGAUGGCCCUCGCACUUGCGCAGGAGAAGCUGAAUUACAAUGCGACCCAAAUAGAGGCACUAUCACGUCAAAUCCAGCUUGGUGAUCUGACACCAGUUAUGCAAAUAUAUGAGGAGGACAUCAAGAACCCGCUCAAAUCAGCUGUCGGCGGAACCUUAUUGAGAACAUUGUUUAUACAAGUACAAAAGGCUAAGGUGGACAUCGACCAAGCAUUAGCAGGCAUCGACAAAUUGCUCAAAUCCCAAGAGCUGACGUUUGCUUUUGUGGGUGUCGCCCCUGCCAUAGCCAUCGUGUACGUCCUCGGCGGCUACGUCAGGGCUAUUUGGGCAGGCGGAAGAGGAAGAGGAAGGUAUGGUGGCUCGCGUCGAAAAGCGAGCGUGUGGCUCAAGAUGCGACGCAUCGAACGGCUGUUGAUCGCGCAGCCCAAGUCAGAUCACGACCACCGACACCCAGGCGCCCCACUCGCACAGCCUGCGCCGUCAAUCCCGCCAUUAACCGCAGGUCUCCUGCUGCUAUCCGUGAGCCACCUGCGUACCUACGCCGAAAGGUAUCUACCGGCAAAUACACGUCUGAGGGAAGGAUUUUUGGAAGAUGUAGUGGAUCUCGAAGAUCCGGCCCUGGGACGGGCAGAGAAGCUGCGCGUGCUGGACCGGAUGUGGCGGUCCUGGGGCGAGGUGCUUGAGUGGAAUAAGGCGGCCAAUAUUGGCAGGUGA